AUGUUUGUCAGCUACCUGAUAUUAACACUGCUCCACGUUCAAACAGCAGUGUUAGCAAGACCUGGGGGAGAGAGCAUUGGCUGUGAUGACUACUUAGGCUCCGACAAAGUUGUGGACAAAUGCGGGGUGUGUGGAGGUGAUAACACAGGCUGUCAGGUUGUGUCAGGCGUGUUCAAGCAUGCCCUCACGAGCCUGGGCUACCACCGAGUUGUCGAGAUUCCCCAAGGAGCCACCAAAAUCAACAUCACCGAGAUGUACAAGAGCAACAACUAUUUGGCUUUGCGAAGUCGUUCUGGCCGCUCCAUCAUCAACGGGAACUGGGCAAUUGACCGGCCAGGAAAAUACGAAGGCGGAGGGACCAUGUUCACCUACAAGCGUCCAAAUGAGAUUUCGAGCACCGCUGGAGAAUCCUUUUUGGCCGAAGGCCCCACUAAUGAGAUCUUGGAUGUCUAUAUGAUACACCAGCAGCCUAAUCCGGGAGUCCACUAUGAGUACGUCAUCAUGGGGACCAACGCCAUCAGCCCCCAGGUGCCUCCUCACAGGAGACCAGGGGAGCCCUUCAACGGCCAGCUGGUAACGGAUGGGAGGAGCCAGGAGGAGCGAGAAGAGAAAGAGAGGACCGAGGAGAAGGAAGGAGAUGGUGGGGCGCCUGAAGUGUUCACCUCAGGGUCAGCACAGGCCUUCCCAGUCAGGCAUCCCGAUGGAUUUUCUCCCCAUCGACCGGACGAUUUGGUGCCGGCGGCACCACAGUCCCCACGGCGAAGCCGGGACCACAACUGGAAGCAGCUCGGGACCACAGAAUGCUCAACGAGUUGUGGGAAAGGAUCGCAGUUCCCGAUUUUUCGCUGUGUACACAGAAACACCCACGAAGAGGUUCCCGAGAGCUACUGUGACUCCAGCAUGAAGCCGACCCCCGAGGAGGAACCCUGCAACAUCUUCCCUUGCCCAGCCUUCUGGGACAUCGGAGAGUGGUCUGAGUGCAGCAAGACCUGCGGCCUGGGCAUGCAGCAUCGCCAGGUUCUGUGCCGCCAGGUGUAUGCCAACCGCAGCCUGACGGUGCAGCCCUACCGCUGCCAGCACCUGGAGAAGCCCGAGACCACCAGCACCUGCCAGCUCAAGAUCUGCAGCGAGUGGCAGAUCCGGACAGACUGGACCUCGUGCUCAGUGCCCUGUGGCGUGGGACAGAGGACUCGAGACGUGAAGUGUGUGAGCAACAUCGGGGACGUGGUGGAUGAUGAGGAGUGCAACAUGAAGCUGCGGCCCAACGACAUUGAGAAUUGCGACAUGGGGCCCUGCGCGAAGAGCUGGUUCCUCACCGAGUGGGGGGACAGGUGCUCAGCGGAGUGUGGGGCUGGAGUGCGGACACGCUCAGUGGUGUGCAUGACCAACCACGUCAGCAGCCUGCCCCUGGAGGGCUGUGGGAACAACCGGCCAGCGGAGGCCACCCCGUGUGACAAUGGGCCCUGCACGGGCAAGGUGGAGUGGUUUGCGGGGAGCUGGAGCCAGUGUUCCAUCGAGUGUGGGAGCGGUACCCAACAGAGGGAGGUGAUUUGUGUUAGGAAGAACGUAGACACCUUUGAAGUGUUGGACCCAUAUGAAUGUUCCUUCCUGGAAAGACCCCCCAGCCGGCAGUCGUGUCACCUCAAGCCUUGUGGGGCCAAAUGGUUUAGCACAGAAUGGAGCAUGUGCUCCAAGAGCUGCCAGGGUGGCUUCCGGGUCCGGGAAGUGCGCUGCCUGUCAGAUGACAUGACCCUAAGCAAUCUCUGUGACCCUCAGUUGAAACCAGGAGAGAAAGAAUCUUGUAACCCUCAGGACUGUGUCCCUGAAGUUGAUGAAAACUGCAAAGACAGGUACUACAACUGCAACGUGGUGGUCCAGGCGCGACUGUGUGUCUACAACUACUACAAGACGGCCUGCUGUGCCUCCUGCACGCGUGUGGCCAACAGGCACCCGGGCUUCCUGGGGAGCAGAUAA